GAAAGAGGAAUUAAAAAAGAAAAGGAAGAAAGAAACACACGGGGAGGGAGGGAGCGGAGAGAGGGAGAGGGAGGAAAGGGAGAAGGGAGAGGGGGCGAGAGAGAGAGCAAGAGAGAGAGAGCGAUAAAAAAAGAAAGAUGACAUCGAGCGAGUGGAGGCGCCGAGGCGGCCGGGCUCAGGCUGUGUCUGCCUCGGCCACGGCGUGAACUCAACACCGAGGCUUCGACUAAACAAGCGCAGCCGCGGCCUGUUAGUUAGCUAGUUGGUGGGAGGGAGGAAAGGAGGGAGAGAAGGAGGGGGGAGAGACACUAAAAGCAACAGAGAUUUAGCUAUUUAUUAUUAAGCGUUAUUUUAACCUUAUUUUAACCUAGCUAAAACCAAGCUUAUUCCACUGUCUGAAAGACUACAGCAACAACAACAGCAGCAGCAGUAGAGCCUCUUUAACGCCGUGUUUAUUUUCUUCUAAUGCAUGAUGUAAACGUAGAAAUGACAGUAUUCUAUGAAGCAUAUUAAAACUGAAUGCUGCGAGUUUGGGAUCUGUAGUUAAGUAGUUUGUCAGGGAAUAAAAAGCUCAUCUCAUUGAGUUGCACUGGUCUGUGAAAGUCGCGUUAAGAUUAUCAUCCUCAUUAGCAGCUGGAGAAGCAUUCGGGUUAGAGAGAGAUUCUGCUUCUAAAGCUAUACAGGGGGAUGAGGAGAAGCAGCUGAGGAGAAAACCUCACAAUCUACAGUUUUAUCCUCCUUCACUUCUGAACAAAAUGGAUGCUUCUUGGAGCAACUUUCUCUUCCAGACCACGGGUGCUCAGACCCAGGUGGAUGGCAGCCUCCAGGCCGAGCUCAUGCCCCAGAGUCCGGCCCCCGAGCACAUGGCACCACCCCCAUCCACAGUGGACACAGCGGCACUUAACGAGGACCCUGAACCUGUGAAGCCACCACCCCGCCCUGCCCGUGUGGCACACAUUUGUGCCAUCUGCAGCAAACAGUUCAAAAACAGCUACAACCUGCGGCGCCACCAGUCCGUCCACACCGGCAUCCGCAUGAAAAGCGGCUCCUCUCAGAACCAGGAGGGCGGCGCUAAAGAAGUGGUGGAGCGGCCCACCGUUCCUCUUUCCCUCCUUCAGCUGACGAUGCCCGAGCCCCAGGCCCCCAGCCUGACGCCUCAGGACAUGCUUCCCACCCAAAUGCCCCAGCAGCCCCUGGUCGCACAGGACACGAACGAGUCGGUCAUGGUCAGCGUGGCCUCCACUGUUACAGCCCUUCCUCCCGCUGCAAUAGUAGUCAUGGCAACGCCAGAGCCUGUACAGGUUCAGCCGAGGCCGCCGAACCCGAACCCUGUGAGAAAGAACCACGCGUGUGAGACAUGCGGAAAAGCCUUCAGAGAUGUUUAUCAUCUGAACCGGCACCGGCUCUCUCACUCAGACGAGAAGCCCUUCUCCUGCCCCAUCUGCCAGCAGCGCUUCAAGAGGAAAGACCGCAUGAGCCACCACGUCCGCUCCCACCAGGGCGGGGUGGAGAAGCCCUACAUCUGCCCCCAUUGCUCCAAGGCCUUCUCUCGCCCUGACCAUCUCAACAGCCAUGUCCGACAGGUCCAUUCUUCAGAACGACCUUUUAAAUGCCCGACGUGCGAGUCGAGUUUUGCCACGAAAGACCGCCUGCGUGCUCAUAUGAUACGACAUGAGGAGAAGGUGCCGUGUCACAUAUGUGGCAAACUGCUGUCUGCCGCAUACAUCACUGAUCAUAUGAGAGUGCACAACCAGUCACAGCAUCACGCCUGCCACCUGUGUAACCGAAGCUUCACCACGCUGACCUACCUGCGCAUCCACGCUCAGAAGCACCACGGUCAGGAGUGGAAGGAAAGCAGUGGUGGAUUUGGCUCAGCCGGAGCCGGAGGAGUUCUGGUCUGCCAACUUUGUGGUGUCCACUGCAAAACCCCCACGCAGCUGCAGGGCCACAUGGGCACCCAUAACCCCCCAAUGAACGACCCAGCGCCGGUGAGCAGCAGCUCGGACGGAGUGGCAGCGGCGGCCGGCACAGUGACCCUGAGCAGCAUGACUUCUGCGCCCACCGUCUUCGUCAGUGGCAACGCAGUGGUGGACCUGCUGGUCACCGACUGCUCCUGCAUCGCCCAGCAGCCGCAGAGCUAGUAACUGCAGCUUACACAAACACACACACACUGCCCGGUAAAAGAUUUGGGACAUUUAGCAGUCUAGAAUGUUUUUCUUUUCACUUUUAUUUUCAGAUAAGUGAGAAAAAACAGCCUGCAGUGUUGCUGUAUCAUAAAAACUGACCUGAAAUUGCCCUAGCAGUUUUGGAAACAAAAAAAAAUGAGACUUUAAUGUAGUGUAUAUUAACAUUGUGAAAGUUAAAAAAUGUAAAGUUUACAUGCUAGUUUACAAAGUUCAGGUCCAUACUUACAAAAAAGCAGAUUAACCCCACCCAUUCCAACUCUUACGUGUCCACUAGCACUUAAGCCUUGAUGCAUCCUUUUAAUUUUAACAGAGAGAGCCGCUGCAUGCCAGUGGCUAUUGAUCGCAGCCCCACCCUCUGAAAAAGUGAAAAAGUUCAGCAGAGCUCAACUUUAUUCAAAUGAGCAGGCUGCGACUUCACACACAUACAAGCCUCACACACACACACACACACACACACAACAGCCGCCUUUCAACCACAGAAGAGAAGCAAAAAAUGACGUAAAAUGAAUUUAUAGAACUAUAGAUUACAAUGCGAUUGAUUAAAAAUCUUAAAUAUUAAACUUAUGAUUUCCUACAUCUGUUGCUUCAUUUAAAUUCAAAACCGUCAUGGACUCACCCACACGGAGAACCCAGAGAUUCGGCACAUUGAAAUGCGUUGAAGAAAAGUGCUAGUGGACACUUACCAUUAGCCUACAGCAGUUUAGUAGAGAGGAUCGAGUGAUGUUUUUUUUAGAGGUCCAUUACUAUUUCAGUCUUGUUGCACGUCUGUGUGAACAAUACAAAAUACAGGGCAGCCAAUCAGAACUAAGUAGUAUUAAAGGCACAAUUAAAAAAGAAGAAAAAAAAGAACACUGUGCUUUUUUUGUAAUGCAAAAAUAGAGACUGGGCUGUUUUUUUAUUUGAUUUUUUUGAUAGUGUAUGUCUUUACAUAAAAAUAAUGUCUGUUUGCCAGCGAGUCGCUGAAAAAAAGUCUCAGGAUAGCAUUAGGGUUAAUGCAAAAGUCAGCCUGGACAGAGGGGCCGGCUUAAUAAUUGUAAAACUGCUUUUAUUUAUUCACACAAAGAAAAACAUUUCCCAAACAUGGGCCUGUCAUACUGCAUGUGUUUUAUCUGCUGCCCCUGCUUCCAAAACUAAUGUACACCAGACCUUCUGAAACUGAGAAAUCUCCCACAAUCCAUACUUGCAGCCUGAUUGCGUGAAGAGCUGCACGCUAGGCAUGCCACGGUCCACAGCCUUGCAUUAGCCUGAUGACCCAAAGUGGGGACACUAAAGGGGUUUAGAGAGCAAGCGCGCUGGAGCACACGCAGAACUGUUGGCAUGGCAGUACGGCUCAUUUUUGCAUUCUGAUAAAGAAAACUCUUUAUUUGUAUGAAAGAAAAUAUUUUGGGAAACUAAGUUCUCUCAGUCUUUUGAUGGGCAGUGUACACAGUCACACACAUCUACACGCACUAAGCUAGCGAAGUGUGCAUCAUGCACAUACCUUACUGAUACCUAGAACAUGUUUAUAAGAAUGCUAUAUGCUAUAACCCUCCAAUAGAAAACCACACUACUAGAGCAAAUACUGUGAACAGAGCCAUCAUACAAUUAGCUGAGCAGCACUCGUACAGAAACUCAGCAGCUACUGUAGCAAAUAAGUCACCUCAGUAAGACAUGCACGAUGCGUGCAGAAACGCUACACACGUCUCUCCAUGGCAGACGUGCGGCUGGCGGACGUUCAACGGACUGUCUCAGAUUUGCCAAGGUGAGACUGCUGAGAGGUCAGCAGGAGUAGAGUAAUGACGGACACUGUGUCUCAAAUCGAAUACUUCUAUAGUGCAGUGGCAUGUUGGUACCAGAAGAUGCGUGCUAGAACUGCAGUCAAAAGAUGCGUAGAAUGUUGUAGUCUAUACUCAUGUAGAGUAGAACAGGUGGAACCAUCAGAGGAACCUCCAGUUUAAAUUUUCAGAUGCGAGUUGGACAUGUUCGUCCUUCCAUACAGUGAUAUUAGUUUUUUUGGGGGGGCUGGCUCGAAUCAUUUUAACCCUCAAGUAAUCAUUCUUUACUCUGAGAUUUAUUUAUUUUGUCUCAAAGCAGCGUUAUGCUAGAUUUUGUCCUUUUUUUUUUUUUUUUUUUUUUUUUUUUACUUCAAUCAAUUUUUUACUCCACUGCAGUAAAUACAAAUCCCCUGAUGAGCUCUCUCUCAUGGACAGCUGUACACAUACGUUUGUACUGGGAAAGAAGCAUGUGGACUGAGGCGUUAGAAAUAUUGUACAGGAUUUUACACUAAUAUGACUGAGCAGUUUUUGUGAGAGAUCUUGUUCAGCUCCACCGAAGUUUUGUAGUGCUGUAGUGGCGUAAACUUAUAUAUAUGCUGUACCCAUACUGUCUCUUAGCAUCACAUCAUUUAAUAUUUAAUAUUAUCAAAGCUAAUUUCAGUUCAUUUGCACCAUUGCACAUCUCUUUACUGUUAGUUCAUCCCUGCCCUCUACUGGAUUUAAAUUGAGCUUCGAUAACCAAGAUACUUAAAGUUAUGGUUUAAUGGUUAAAUUUGUAAAAUGCUCUUCGGGCCAGCUCUAGUAUUUGCAGUAUUAUGCUGCAAAAUGCUGUAACAACCAUGCAUCUAGCUAACUUGAUUUAGCUCUGUGAGGUUCUCUGAUAUAUCCAUUACCUGGAAAUCAUUACUGCUCCAGUUGAGAUUAUACUAAUUUACUGCGGUCUGGGCUUUGGACAGUAAAGGACACAGUGUGUAGAUUAGGAAUCUAGUUCGUCUUGCCCGAUUUGAGACACAGGGAGAACAGAAGGCUUUGAGAUGGACGUUAGAGCAGAUGGAGACUAAUGAUUUCAGUACCAAGUAGGAAAAACAAAUGCCACAUCGCACUGUUGCACUGGCUGGUUCUCUCUCUCUUUUCUUUCAGAAUCUUUCUUUGCUUUUCUUGCUGCAGGACUCUUUAACGAUACUGUGAUUGUGACUCUCUACUGUAGUGUUUCUGCUCUUUGACUGAGUGACGACAGUUUGCUUGACCUUCCAGAUCACACCCUCAUCCCAUUCACCCCCUUUGCUGGAGAUGCACUCUGAUUUUCUCUAUUCUACACAACUUACCACUUAUCAACUUAUCUAGAAUAAAUUAAAUUGCACACAAGCUGUUUGGGCAGACUUUUGUCUGGUAAGCAACCAGAACAGGAGAAAGACAGGUCUGUCUUUUAGCAUAUUAAAAAAAAACUAACCAAGCUGAAACUUAGUCAAACAGAUUCCUAAAAGUAGAUAAAGAAGACCCAUUUAAACAAAUGAGACAAAUAUAUUAUACUUGGCCAUUUAUUCAUUGAGUAAAAUGAUUAAAUUUUACAUAUUUGUGAGUUGCGAAAGUAUGUUUAUCUGGUGUGAGCCCUCUUUGCAGCAAUAACUGUGACUAAACAUUUCUGGUAUUUUCUUCUCUAGAAAUUCACUUCUGAGCUGUUCGAAAAGGCUAUUUGGGGUUAAAUCAGGCUAAAAUACUGUAGACAAUGUCCGGCCUAAACUACAAAGAAGCAAAAAAAAUAUUUUAAAAAAUAGAGGAGAUUAAAAAAAUUAAUCAUUAUUAUCACCCAGACUGGGAAGAAUUACAGUGAAACAUUAAUACGGAUAAAUUAGAGCUCUAAAGAGCUUUUAUGAAUGUUACAAUCACCUGCAGGUGGGUCUGAAAAGGCGCAUAUAGGAAAUAUUUAUAACACAUUUACAAAAAAGGUAACUGUUUACAGUAAUGUCAGAUUUUGCUUAUUAUAAAUAGUAUUAUUUAUGGCUGUAUUAAAUGCAUUAAUUGCAUCUGUUUAGAGUUUAAACUUGUCACUGUCACAAAAUUUAUCUGUGAAUUAGCUGUUACUAAUAUCGAACACAGUAGGGUGUUUGAUAUUAUUGGUCCUGUAAUUUAGUUUGGGUGCAUCUCUGGUGAAAGACAGGGUGUAAACCAGGGUGUUGCGGGAAGGCAACAGGGAAGGAGCAAAGAUUUUCUCAAUAAAUCAAUCACUUUCCUCCAGAAAUGAAAUUCCCCCCAAACACACACACACUCAAGGGAGCUCAAGGGAAUGCUUGCCUGAGCGGUGCUUUGGGGAUGUGUGUGUACCGAAGUGUGUAUUAUGUAAUGUGGACAGAUAGGGGAACUGUCUAGAAUGCUAUGCCAGAAACAUGCUUCACGCAAGUCCACAAACGCCAGCAGCAGGACAGUAGAGUAUGGAUUGGAGAACCGGCUCAAAACGUGGUAAUGGUUAUCGAGUGAUUGCAUCAGUUGUUCUCAGCAACUCCCAAAUAGCCCAUUUUUUGAGAACCACCAGCUCAAAUAAAAAUAAAAAUCAUGAAAACUUGUAGUAAAUGUUAAUAUGUUAAAAUAUUAGAAUAAUCCUAACAGAAAGAGUGGCUGUUAGCCGACCAAACAGAUUUAGCAGCUAGUGUUCUCCUGCAAGCGUGUUGAGCUCCAGAGGUUUUAUGUUGAUUCUAGGUAGAUGUUGGGAAUCUGAGUAAUUCAGUAAAUAAAUACCUUAAUUAUCGAAGAGAUGAUGGAAAAUGUAAAAAUAAUUUAAUUUAUAGUUACAAGCAAAAAAUGUGGAAGUUUGUUUAGUCAUGUCCAAUUUAGCCUUUACAGAUUUAUGAUUAAUCUGUCUUCCAUUUUCAGGGUUUUUAAUCUGUUUUACACUUACUAUCCUACGUUUACCGAUUGUAAUUUUUUAAACGCCAAACAAUUGUAAAUUAUCGUUUAGCAAUAUUGAUAUUAGGUUUAGUUGCAUGUUGGUUAUUAACUGUUAUGUUUUUGAGCAGCCUGAUUAAAGAAGUCCACCAUUGUAAUUUUUUGCAUGGUGGAUGUUAAGAUUAGAAAAAAUGUCAAAAAUAUUACUUUAUAUUUUUAUGAUUCUCAAUAUUUAUAACAGUAUUAUGACGGACAAAAGAUCUUAUAGUGCAGGAUAUUAAAAACUGCUAAUAAAAACAGACAAACAUUUGAAUAAACUCAAAUUACAAUAGAUUUAAGAUGCAUAUUUUGGUUGUGGGUUUGUCCUGCUGAAUGCAGAUUGUUCUUGUAUUUGCUGCGUAGCUUGAAGCGUUUGUGUUCACACACUUGCGUAAAGUACGUUUCUGGCUUUGGUGGCUGGAUAAAGUAAACAGAGCAGGAAAUGAAUUCAGGAUUGUCUGACACCUUAAAGGCGUUCAGCAGGAUAUCUGUUCUCCUGUUAGAUUAGUUUAGUUUCCUCAGUGUUUUGCCAUUUUCACACUAACUUUUGAGUUGGUCCAGCAAGAUCUCACAUUAAGACUUUGGAAAGAAAUGUAACUAGAUAAACUAACUAGUUCUAUUUUUCUUUCCUUAAGCGAAAAAAAAUGCAUCUUUUUCUGCUUCCAAGAAGACAAAAAAAAUGACCUUUAGCCCGUGACUAUUUUCUCAUUGUUGUUUCUGUUGUGAAUGUGUGAAUCAAGUGUUUGAACGAAGGGCUUCGUCAAAUGAUCCUGACCUUAAAACCCAGAAAUGAGCGUCUGAUUUCUCCGUUCAGAUUUUAAAAAGUGAUAUUUGGGGGGAAAGAAAAAAAUUAAAUCCUGGUUUUGUACUGGAGUGAUUUGUUUGAUGAGUUUAAUGUUGGUACUGUAUAUUCUCUGCUUAUACACUAACUUAAUUUUUCUUAAUUGGAUCUUUUUGUUCUUAUUUAGAACCACAUUUGUUUUGGAAUCAUCUUUAGGUUGUAUUUGUUUUUAAAUUUAGCAUUAAGCUGAAAUAAUACCUCUUCGAUAGGAAUCAGUACAGUUCUGGCACUGCAUCUCAAUGCCUUAUUGUACCACUCUCCACAUUUUAAUUCGUAAAACACUUAAAAAAUAAACAGGUAUUUUAAAUAUUAGUCUUGGAUCCAGUAAAAGGAAAAAAAAUAUUAAUGGUAUGUAUUUAUAUUUAUAUUUUUAUAUUUCUCAACAGUAUGCAUGUCUAUAAGCAAUUGUUAGAGUAAAAAAUGUUGAUGCUUACCAUGAUCAUGGAUAUUAUGUUAUUAUUUUGUAGAUUAUGUAGAUCAUGUUAUUAUUUUGUAAUUUUGACUAUUAAAAAAAGAAGUAAUUAUA